UGCACUUCUUUCAAUUUAUUACCAUUCUCAUUUUCGCACCCCAAAAGAAGGAUUUAGGGGCAGUCUUGCACUUUAGAGAGAGAGAGUCAUGGAAGUUGUAAAUGUUCUACACAUGAAUGAAGGUAGAGGGACGAUGAGCUAUGCACAAAAUUCAUCCCUUCAAAGACAUGGAUUGGAGUUGAUUAAGCCUAUAACCAAGGAGGCAGUGAUGAAUUUGCUCUCUACCCAUUUCCCUGAGAGUUUAGGGAUUGCUGAUCUCGGCUGCUCUUCUGGUCCCAACACAUUCUCAGCUUUAAUCACCAUCAUCGAAGCGGUGCACAACAUAUAUCAGCAGGUCAAUUUGCCAAUGCCGGAGUUGCGAUUGUACCUUAAUGACCUGCCUGGAAAUGACUUCAACUCAAUUUUUAGAGGACUCCCUUCAUUCUAUGAGAUGGUGAAAAAGAAAGGAGUUUCAGGGUCUUGCUUUGUGGCUGCUGUCGCGAGUUCUUUCUUUUGUAGAUGUUUUCCGUCAAAUAGUUUACAGUUUGUUCACUCUUCUUACAGUCUGCAUUGGCUAUCACAAGUUCCUCCAGGACUUUAUGAUGAGCAUGGAAAGCCCCUUAACAAUGGCAAUAUAUACAUAACUGAAAAUAGCCCACCAAGUGUAACACAUGCCUUUCUUCAACAAUUCCGGAACGACUUUUGUCAAUUUCUCGAGUUCCGUUCAGAAGAGGUGGUCCGAGAUGGGUGUAUGGUGUUAGUAUUUAUAGGUCGAAGGACAAAGCAAGCAGGUGAUAAAGAGGGUGGCCUUAUAUGGACUCCUUUGAGUCAAGCUAUAAAGAACCUGGUUUCUAAGGGAUUUAUAGAAGAGGAGAAGCUGGAUUCUUUUAAUUUGCCAUACUAUGGUCCAUCUGCCGAAGAAGUUGAAGAAGAGGUGAAGAGAGAGGGGUCAUUUACAAUUUCGCGUUUCGAAAAACUACGAAUAACACCAUGGGAAGCCAGCCAGAAUGGAAAAGACUUAGCAUUGAUGUUGCGAGCUGUGGCAGAACCCUUAAUCAAACAUCAAUUUGGAGAGGAAGUCAUGGACAUGCUAUUUGAAGAAUAUGCUGAACUUAUUCAAUUGGAUAUCGACGAAGGGAAGAAGAAGCUGACUCAUUUUGUUCUGGUCUUGAAAAGAUCAAAGUGAACCUACUUUGGUUCAUCAUCCAGCAAACUAUCCAUUAAAUUCGACAUUUCAGAUUAUGGGGAGCUUGGUUUAAUGUUUAUGUACAUCAUAUCUUGAUGUCGAUUUGUGGUGAGCUUGUUCUAUAGUUCAUUUACUUGUUUUUUCUCCAGUGGACCUCACUUUGAAGUUUUUUGUAAGUUUACAUGAAGUGUUUUUUUGCAAUAAAAAUAUUUCUUCACUAGUG